AUGGUUCAUUCGAAUGAUUAAACAUUUUAAUUACGAUUUGUUGAUCCUUAUAGAAAAAUAAGAGGCAAACCAUUUGAAUAUUAACAUAUAAUGACUCCUGAAGGGGUUUGCAUUGUUGGAUAAGCAGAUUAACAUUUUAAUUUAUUAAUAGAACAUAACGAUAGAAAUAUAAUAAUGGGAAUUUAAGUAAUUGUAGAUGGUUAUACAUUACCAGGAAGAAAAACAUUUAAAGGUAGAUGUAGAAUAUAGGGAUUCCCUAAUUCUGAUGGAAAUAUUAAUUGUUUUAAAUUUGCUAAACCAAAAGCUGAUCCAAAUUCUACAAAUAUUUUUAAAAGGAAUUUAUAUAGACCACCAUGGGAUUUAGUUUAAAAUGAUGUUCGUAAUUAUCCUGGAGGACCUGGAGAAAUAAUUGUAAAGAUUUAUGAAACAUUUCAGAAAUAAAAUAAAUAUUAUUAUAAUAAUAAUAAUAAUGGUAGUACAGAAUAUAAGAAUAUUGAUUCAAUGUUUGUAGAAAUUACUAAAAAUGAUAAUAAAGAAGCAGAAGAAUAAUGUUUAGGAAUAGCAUUGGGCAAUGUUAUUGAAGUAUAACCAAGAGAAUUUACAAUAGAAAAGAAAUAUAGAGAUAUUAUUAAAUAUGAUUGCAUUGUAUAAUCAUUUAGAGUUAUUUAUAUGGAUUCUUAUAGUUUAGUGUCUAAAGGAUUCAUUUAAUUAAAUUGUCAUACACAUAUAAGAUAUUUAACUGAAGAAUACUUUUUAAAUAAUGAACCUGGAAUGAUUCAAGUUUUAUAGACUUUAAUAGAGAGUGGAUAAAAAGAUAAAGAAGAACAUGAAAUUUAUUAAGUUGCUAAAAUAAUUGUAGAAAGAUUAGAUUAUUAUUUUUAAGGAGAAUUAUUAAAUAUUUUUAUGAGUAAAGAAAAUUAAGAAUAAUAUAAAUUAGAUUCAGCUUAAAGAAUUGCUUAUUUAGAAGGAGAAAUUAUUAAAUUUAUGAAUGGAUGGCCAGAAUUCUUUAUUAAUUUGGAUGAAAAAAGAUUUGGAAUUAAAUAAAAAUUUAAUUAACACACUUAUUUAAACAUUAUAGAAAUUUAAUUAUUUGAUAAUGAAUUAAAAUGA